GAAGAACCAGCGGCUGCAGAAAUUGGUUAAGAUUUCAUCGCCAGGCUACGGUCGAGUGGAAAAAAAGGUGUUAAUGUCCUUUGCUCGUUUUCAUUUAAACGAUAAAAGCACGAGGGCGACGGACUGCACGUGUUAUCAUCUGUUAGAGCGAAGAGUGCAGGCAAGAUCGGAGGAAAACAUCGAGGCAUCUGCAACAGCAUCGCGCGCAGGGGAGCAGGAUCUUACAAUCUGUGGGCUUGACUCCAUUCAAACGCGACACAGGUUAUAAAGGCACCUUUUUCCGAUAGGACUUAUUUCAUGACAUGGCUGAUUAUCUAAAUCCUUCGCGUGCGGCGUGAAAAGGAUCUCCAUAGGAAAUGACCGGUCGCUUUUUGAUGGAUUGUGUAACGUGGAGCGACAAACUUUAACUGGCGUUCAGUUCAUAACAGAGAUGCGUUUAGAUGUGCUCUGAAUGGCUGGAAUACUUUAAGCAACUCUGGCUGAACAAGCUCUUGUGGAUGCCAGACCUGUACGGAUGAGAAGAACUCGUGGCUGGGACUACAUCGCGCGUUGUGAUGCUUCUAACUCACACUCUGUCUGAUGUGAAUUUGGAUUUCUACAGUCAAAUCUGCGCAUUUCUAGAAUGGCUCGCUUCGAAGAUGAUCUCCCGACCCGGUAUGGAGGUGGUGGUGGCUCUCCAGCGGGUCCAGUCAGAGGGGCCAGCCGGCAGCCAGGCCCCCCGACCGGACCGAGGGUCUAUAAGCAAACAAUGGCCCAAAGAGCCCGGACAAUGGCCAUAUACAACCCAAUACCGGUCAAACAGAACUGCUUAACAGUCAACAGAUCCCUUUUCAUCUUCAGCGAAGAUAAUAUCAUUCGGAAAUAUGCAAAGAAAAUAACAGAGUGGCCUCCAUUUGAGUACUUGAUUCUCGCCACCAUCAUAGCAAACUGCAUUGUACUGGGCUUAGAGCAGCAUUUACCAGCUUUAGACAAGACACCCAUGUCAAAGCGGCUGGAUGACACUGAACCUUACUUCAUCGGAAUAUUUUGCUUCGAGGCCGGGAUCAAGAUUAUCGCUCUAGGCUUUGCUUUUCAUAAAGGCUCCUACCUCCGCAAUGGGUGGAAUGUUAUGGAUUUUGUUGUCGUGUUGACGGGGAUUCUGACCAUAGUGGGGCCAGACUUUGACUUACGAACACUCAGGGCAGUGAGAGUCUUGCGGCCGCUCAAACUGGUGUCUGGAAUUCCAAGUCUCCAAGUGGUUCUGAAGUCCAUCAUGAAAGCGAUGGUUCCUCUGCUUCAGAUUGGCCUUCUGCUCUUCUUUGCUAUUCUCAUGUUUGCCAUCAUUGGUCUAGACUUCUACAUGGGCAAGUUCCACCGCACCUGCUUCAGAAUCGAUAACGGGGAACAGGCGGCUGACUUUCCAUGUGGGUUAGAAGAACCAGCCCGGACGUGUGAAAACGGGACUGAAUGUAGGGAAUACUGGACCGGUCCAAACUUUGGCAUAACGAACUUUGACAACAUCCUGUUUGCUGUGCUCACCGUCUUUCAGUGCAUCACUAUGGAAGGAUGGGUGGAUAUCCUUUACAAUGCCAACGAUGCUUCAGGGAACUUCUGGAACUGGCUCUACUUCAUCCCACUCAUCAUCAUUGGCUCUUUCUUCAUGCUCAACUUGGUUCUGGGGGUGCUGUCAGGGGAGUUUGCAAAGGAGCGAGAGCGUGUGGAGAAAAGGCAGGAGUUCCUGAAGCUCCGCAGACAACAGCAGAUAGAGAGGGAACUGACCGGUUACUUGGAGUGGAUCUGCAAGGCAGAGGAAGUCAUGCUUGCUGAAGAAGAUAAAAAUGCAGAAGAGAAGGAGGAUAGUGCCUGGUACAAGAGGAAAUGCAACAACCCAGUGUUGAAAAUAGCCAAGAAGAGCAAAAAUGACCUCAUUAAUGCAGAAGAAGGAGAGGACCACUUCACUGACAUCUCAUCGGUUGCUCCCCAAGGCUCUCCAUUUACCCGUACAAGUGUGAAGAGCAGCAAGAAUGAUAGCUCUUCGUACUUUCGCAGAAAAGAGAAGAGGUUUCGCUUCUUCAUCCGACGUAUGGUGAAGGCCCAGAGCUUCUACUGGACCGUUCUGUGUAUAGUGGGACUGAACACACUGUGUGUGGCUAUAGUCCAUUACGACCAGCCCGACUGGCUCACAUAUGCACUGUAUUUGGCGGAGUUUGUGUUCCUUGGUCUGUUUCUAAUAGAGAUGAGUCUGAAGAUGUAUGGCCUCGGGCCCAGGACCUACUUUCACUCCUCAUUUAACUGCUUUGACUUUGGGGUCAUUGUGGGUAGCAUUUUCGAGGUGAUCUGGGCUGCUGUUAAACCAGGAGCCUCUUUUGGCAUUAGUGUGUUGCGAGCACUGCGUUUGCUGAGGAUAUUCAAGGUUACCAAGUAUUGGAACUCUUUGCGUAAUCUGGUGGUGUCUCUACUCAACUCAAUGAAGUCCAUCAUCAGUCUCCUGUUCCUGCUGUUCCUCUUCAUCGUGGUGUUUGCUUUGUUGGGGAUGCAGCUCUUUGGAGGACAGUUUAAUUUUGAAGAUGAGACCCCGACUACCAACUUUGACACAUUCCCAGCUGCAAUCCUUACAGUGUUUCAGAUUCUGACAGGAGAGGAUUGGAAUGCAGUGAUGUAUCAUGGUAUCGAAUCCCAGGGAGGAGUGCACCGGGGAAUGUUCUGCUCUGUGUACUUCAUUGUGCUCACACUGUUUGGAAACUACACGCUCCUAAAUGUAUUUUUGGCCAUUGCUGUUGAUAACCUUGCCAAUGCACAAGAACUCACCAAGGAUGAGGAGGAGCAAGAGGAAGCCAUCAAUAAGAAACUGGCUCUGCAGAAAGCCAAGGAGGUAAAGGAGGUCAGCCCCAUUUCGGCCGCUAACAUUUCCAUCACAGCUUUUAUAAGGCCAAUUCCCGGUGCUCUUUCAUGCAGCUCCUCCAACUCCAGCUCUCAUUCACCUAAAGAACAGCAACGGUCUCUAAAGAUGAUGUCGGUGUGGGAGCAGCGCACCACUCAGAUUCGGAAGCACAUGCUGGCCAGCAGCGAGGCAUUGUACCAAGAGGAUCUCAACGCCAGGCUGAAUUCCAACCUCCACCUCCGCCCUGACAUCAAAACCCACCUGGACCGGCCUCUGGUGGUGGAACCUCAAUGCGACGGCCGCAUUAGCCCUAACCGAGGCUGGGGCAAACCCCAGAAUUUGCAAGGGGAGGGUGGCAUGCCGGAGGAACGAAUCCCCCCUGGGAUGGAGCCCCCACAGUCGCAUGCACCACGCAAACACCACCGUCACAGGGAGCGUCCCUCCAAUGAGACCAAUGAAAAUGGUGACACCGGGCAUGGCAAAGAAGGGCGGCAUCACGUCCAUCACAGCCGCAGUAAGGAGCAUGAUGGGACACGGUGUAAAGAGGGGAAGGGCGAGGGGGGCCGCAGACAUCACCACCAGAGUUCAGUGGAUGAGGGAGUGGGAGGUGGGGAGAGAGAACACCGUCACCAUCACUCCCACAGGCAUAACAGGGAGGGCAAUGGGGUUGUCAGUGCUGGGGGAAAGAGUGAACGACGGUCCAGGCAGAAGGAAGGCUCACGAUCAGGAACUAGAGAGGGAGAGAGGUGCUCCAGGGGGGAAAACGGUGGUAAUGGAGGGCGGAGGCGGCACAGGCCGCGAACCAGUAAAGCUCAGUCCACACUGGAAGCAGAGGAGCAACAAGAGAAUGGAGAGAAGGAGGAGGGCAAGUCUGCCAGUCACAGGCACAUGGACAUGGGAGGAGAUUCAUUGGCUAUAAAUCCCCAUCAGCCUUCAGUUGGGAACCGAUGGUGUCUUGAGAAACCAGAAGACUCGAACAAACGAAAUAUUGGUCAGACUGGAGGAAUGGGCACACACAUACCUGUGACCAUCACAUCUCCCCCAGGAGAAACGACCCUUAUUCCCAUGAACAGUAUAGACAGCGAGACGAUGCCCAUGACUGAGAAGAAUCUGGAGAAUCUAAACCAGAGCAGCACUCGUCCCAUCCUCCCUUUCAGCUCCAUGUUCAUCUUCAGCCCAAACAAUCCGGUGAGGCGUCUGUGCCAUUACAUUGUGAGUCUGCGCUACUUUGAGAUGUGUAUCCUGGUGGUCAUUGCCAUGAGCAGUAUAGCCUUGGCUGCGGAAGACCCAGUCCAAGCCAAUGCUCCUCGGAACAAUGUCCUAAAGUAUUUGGACUAUGUCUUCACUGGUGUUUUCACAUUUGAGAUGGUCAUUAAGAUGGUGGAUUUGGGUUUAUUGCUGCAUCCUGGUUCCUACUUCAGAGAUCUGUGGAAUAUUCUGGACUUUAUUGUGGUCAGUGGUGCACUGGUGGCAUUCACAUUCUCGAGCUUCAUGGGAUCACAUCAAAGCGUUAACAGAGGAACCAAGGGCAAAGACAUCAACACGAUAAAGUCCCUAAGGGUGUUGCGAGUCUUGCGACCUCUGAAGACCAUUAAACGUCUACCAAAACUCAAGGCCGUGUUCGACUGUGUGGUGAACUCCCUGAAGAACGUGUUGAAUAUCCUCAUUGUCUACAUCCUGUUCAUGUUCAUCUUCGCUGUCAUUGCUGUGCAGCUCUUCAAGGGCAAGUUUUUCUACUGCACAGAUGAGUCCAAGUGCCUGGAGAAAGACUGCAGAGGGGUGUUUCUGGAUUAUGAUAAGGAUGACGUGACGGCCCAGCCUAGGGAGUGGAAGAAAUAUGAGUUCCACUACGACAAUGUGCUGUGGGCGUUUCUCACUCUUUUCACCGUUUCUACUGGAGAGGGGUGGCCCACGGUUUUAAAGCACUCUGUAGACGCCACUUUUGAGGAUCUGGGUCCCAGUCCAGGCUACCGCAUUGAGAUGUCCAUUUUCUACGUGGUCUACUUUGUAGUCUUCCCCUUCUUCUUUGUCAACAUUUUUGUGGCCUUGAUAAUCAUCACAUUCCAGGAACAGGGUGAUAAGGCCUUGUCAGAGUGCAGUCUGGAGAAAAAUGAGAGAGCCUGCAUCGACUUUGCUAUCAAUGCCAAACCGUUGACCCGAUAUAUGCCACAGAACCAGCAGUCAUUUCAGUACCGCUUGUGGAAGUUUGUGGUCUCUCCACCAUUUGAGUACUCCAUCAUGAUCAUGAUUGCUCUCAACACUGUGGUGCUCAUGAUGAAGUUCCAUGGGGCGAAUGAUGCUUACGAAGCAAUGCUCAAGUAUCUCAACAUUGUCUUCACUGCUCUCUUUUCAAUGGAGUGUGUUCUCAAGAUUAUUGCUUUCGGCCCCUUGAAUUACCUGAAAGACGCCUGGAAUGUGUUUGACUUUGUGACUGUGCUGGGCAGCAUCACUGACAUCUUAGUCUCUGAGAUUAAGACAACGGACCGUCUGCUGAAUUUCAGUUUCCUGAGACUCUUCAGAGCAGCCAGACUAAUCAAGCUCCUCCGGCAGGGAUACACCAUUCGCAUCCUGCUCUGGACAUUCGUCCAAUCCUUUAAGGCACUGCCUUAUGUAUGCCUUCUGAUCGCCAUGCUUUUUUUCAUCUACGCCAUCAUUGGAAUGCAGGUGUUUGGGAACAUUGAUUUGAAUGAUGAUACUGCCAUCAAUCGUCACAACAACUUUCGGACUUUCCUCCAAGCACUUAUGCUGUUGUUCAGGAGCGCCACUGGCGAAGCCUGGCACGAGAUCAUGCUGUCUUGUCUGAGUGAGCGCACCUGUGACGAAAAAUCGGGCACACUUGGAAAGGAGUGCGGGAGUGACUUUGCCUACUUCUACUUUGUCUCCUUCAUUUUCCUCUGCUCCUUCCUGAUGCUGAACCUGUUUGUGGCUGUCAUUAUGGACAACUUUGAAUAUCUGACGCGUGACUCCUCCAUCCUGGGCCCUCACCACCUGGAUGAGUUUAUUCGAGUGUGGGCGGAGUAUGACCCAGCCGCAUGUGGCCGUAUCAAGUACCUCGAUAUGUAUGAGAUGCUGCUCCACAUGUCCCCACCUUUAGGUUUGGGAAAGAAAUGCCCUCCACGAAUCGCCUACAAGCGGCUGGUGAAAAUGAACAUGCCCAUUGCAGAUGACAACAGUGUGCACUUCACCUCUACCCUGAUGGCUCUCAUCCGCACUGCUCUGGAGAUCAAACUGGCAUCAGGCAUGGUGGCCCAACGUCUGUCAGAUGCUGAACUGAAGAAGGAGCUCUCUACAGUCUGGCCAAACCUGUCUCAGAAGACUAUGGACCUGCUGGUCACUCCACACAAACCCAAUGAGCUUACAGUGGGGAAGGUGUAUGCGGCUCUUAUGAUCUUUGACUAUUACAAGCAGAACAGAGCCAAAAGACUUCAGAUGCAGCAACAGCAGCAGAAGGAACAGGCAGGACAUGGAUCUCAGAAUAAAGUCAGUGCUCUCUUAGAGCCCAUUCUUCCUCUAACUCACAUUCAAGAUCAGGCCAUGAACAGUGUAGAUUUGGCCUCAGAGUUCAAAGCUCAGACCAUACCAGACCCAGCUCCACCACGCUCCACCACGCUCAAUAACGGACGCACACAUCAUGAUAACCCUAUGAAAGGAUCUUCAUCCUGGGCCUCAGAGAAGUCCAAGGAGGUCCAACGGUCUAAACGACGACCAAUGUCCAGAGGUCAAUCAGAGGAAGCCUCAAAUGCAAACACUGCCCAGGAGUCAGUAGAAAUGAAGAAGAUGGAGAACAGUGCCAACACCGCAACCUCUGGCGGCCUUGAGGGCCAAGGACGUGCGGUAUCCAUGCCAAAACUCAACGCAGAGAUGCAGAGGAGUCAUUCCCGCCAUUCUCCUGGGACUUUACUGGAACCCAUUCCCGACUCCCCAAUGAGACGCUCUGCAUCCACUUUUGCACCGCAGCGCCCUCAGGAGGUGAAUAUGAAGGACUACACUUUGGAGAAACCUGUUCAAGAACGACAUCAUCACCAUCACCAUCAUCAUCGGUGCCAUCAUCGCAGGGAAAGAGACAAGAAACAGAGAUCUCUCGACAGGUCGCCUACUGGCCAGCACAAAGCUACGGACACAACAGCUGACCCCGUAGAGGAGAGGGCACAUGACCGGGGUCGUUCCCACGAGAGGAAACACCAUUCGUCUUCGGCAGAAAAGCAGCGGUAUUACUCAUGUGAUCGCUAUGGCAGUCGGGAACACUGUCCCAGCAAGUGUGCCGUGGCAAGCUGUGCCACCUCGCCCAGUGAGGCCGAGGAGGGCAAUCUCAACAAGCAGGGCAGUGGGUGGGCUAAGGGGAGCCCGGUGUUGUUGACCUCAGGGGCGAGCACUCCAAGCCGUGGGCGCAGACAGCUGCCCCAGGUCCCCCUUACUCCUCGUCCCUCCGUGGCCUACAGGACUGCCAACUCUUCCCCCGUGCACUUUCUGGGCACACAGGCCGGCUUGCUUCCCCCUAGUCCCGGCAGGCUGAGCCGCGGUCUGUCCGAGCACAACGGCCUAUUAUACAGCGGCUCCAUCUCCAGCUCGCCGGCCCCCGUCAGUCGCAUUAACUCAGAACCCUUCUUGGGCCCCCCGGACCACCCUGCCGGCCUCCAGCCCGAUACCUACGCUGUCUUCCAAGAGGAUCCGAGCCCUCAGACGGGCCGUUCUGCCCAGAUCGUGGCGAUUCCCCCACCUCCCCAACAGCAGUUCCGCGGGGUUCCCAACGGAUACCACUUCACCACGGGCCCCGGAACUAGCAGAGGACGAGCGCGGCAGUACUACCCAAUGGCAGAGGUGGACGACUGGUGCUAGCAUGGCUUUUAUCUACACGACACAUACGGAUGAUGCUUUUGUUUUCGAUUCAUGAUGAGUUUUAUCAUCUCUUAUUUUGCGGGUGGUGUUAAAUGCAGUAAUACAUGUAUUUGUUUUUUCAAUAUCCAGGGGAUAAAACAUACAUGUACGCUUACAAAGCAGCAGAUGUGAGAUAAAAAAAAGGCGCCAACCCAACCGACUUUGAUGUAUUCCAGUCAGGCUAAAUAGUUUGUGGGCGUGGUCUCUUUACAAACACAUGAGAUGUGAAAACACAUGGUCUUUUUCUUAAUCUUUACCUUUCUAAAGGCAACAGAUGCCAAAACGUGCUUGUGUAACUUGGGAAAAGAGUGACCCACUUCUACAAAUGUAGACCACAACGGGCCUCUAGCCAGUUUUCUUCAAAUCAAGCCUCUGAGACUCACUCUAAAUGCAAAUAUCCCCUUGAAAAUGUUACCUUGCCAUUAUAGGUGUAACUUUUAUGAAGCGAAACCUUUACAAGAAGUGGCUGGAAAUGCAAGCAACAACGUUUUUUUUUUUUUUUUUUUUUACAAAACGCACAAUAGCAGUGCCCCCUAUCGCCAUUUAAGAGAAUUACAUGUCAUUUCACACUGUUGUAAAAAAGCAGAUUGUUCGUUAUGCUGCUGAUGACCAUUCCUCGCACAUAUCACUAUGUGUGAAACCUUUGACAACCAUAAUGUACUUUGUUUUAUAUCAAAUUGUUGUUGUACAUAUUUUAUCUAUACAUUAUGUGCUUUUUGUAUUGUAAAGACGAACGGUUUUACUCAAAUUGCUUACGGCUUCACCAUACUGUCAGGUCUACCGAUUCUUCUUGACUGCUCCAGAUGUUAUUUACAAAGUGCCUAACCUUUUGAAUAUAUUGUAGUAGUGAUGCAACCUCAGCUUUUUUUAAUGCAUCAACACUUGAUAGAGUGAACUGAACAAGCUCUAAGGGUUAAAAGGAACUACAAGGUGUUACGAUCGCAGGCCUUAAUUCUGAAGCAAAGACACAGUACCUUUGAAUUCAUAAUAGGUUUUUGAAUGGAAAUUACAGUAUGAUUGUUUGUUUGUUUUUAUUCUCGUCUCAUUUUUUGUACUAUCAUUUUAGUACUAAUGGAAUAUUGAAAAUUCCAUUAACAAAAGCAUAUAUUAGUAUGGAGUAACUAUUAAAAAAAAACUGCAGUAGUUGUGUAUUUGUCCUGACAGGGACUUUAUAACCACAGUUAUAAAAUUGCAUGUUAAAAAAAAAAUAGUCUUCAAUUCUUGAUUGACCGUGGUUACGAAACCAAUAUUUACGGUGUACAUUUCCUGUCCUGAUGAAGAUGCUCAGACUGCAUUGCUGUUUGCCUUCUCUGUUUGGUCUUUUACGGUUAAAUGAGAGGACUGAGAACCAACGAACUGUCACAAAAGAGUUAGCUUUGCUCAUGUAGCAGAUUUCCCGAUGUGAGCGCGUGUUGUGUUGCGUUGAGUCGGGGUCCUGGCACCGGUACAGUAGGCUGAUCUGUGUUAAGUUUAAACUUUCCCCCUCAUGGCACUCCUCCAAGCACCCCCAGACACACAUACACACUCACAGCUUUCAUUCUGCCGCCGUUCCCCAGCUGCUUGCUCUAUAGAAAUAUGGCCGACUCCUUUUAUCAUGCUGGUAACACGAGAGGAAUAUUUAGCCACCUGAAUGCCGAGGGUGUGGCAGUCUAAAAGAACGGAAAUUAAAACCUCUGUAUUGGGACACUAUACUGUCUAGGAUAAUUGAAUGUGUUCCACGUUAAUAUACAUGAGUGCAUUAGAUGCUUGGAGAAUUGUUUGGCUAAUCAGGUGAUUCUUGGCCACCGAUGUGUCAGGACUUUUGCUGACAGUGAAUGUUCUUUCCUUAUUCUUUUUUUAAAACAUGUAUUUUCUUUACGUAGGGCUAUGCAACGAGAUGACACUUUGAAAAAAUAUACUUCAUUAAUUUUGUAGCUUUACCUGCUGGGAAAUCCAGAUUCAGGCUUUAGCAUGAUAGUGACCAAAUCUUCCUUCUUUUUUUUAUUAAAAAAAAAAAUGCAAAAAUGUAUGAACAAGUAUAUUUUAGAAUGCAUAAAGGCACAAUGAUUAAAGAGCAGACAUCAGAAUAAAAUAAUAAUAAUGAUUAUAUAUAUAUAUAUAUAUAUAUAUAUAAACAUAAAAUCGGUAUGUGCAUGCAACAGAGAUGUCAAGUUUGUCAGGGGAAAAAAGAAAAAUGUUGUUUCAAAUCUACAGUCUGAACAACUGCUAUUUUUCUACUCUGCUGUGAGACUGAAGGAUAAAGGGUUAAAGGAUGUGCUGACAUUUUGCUGAUAUUGUUAUGAGUUGUUGCAUUGUUCAUGUGUAACUAUUGAACAAUUCUUUGCACUCCCAGCUCAUCCAUUGAUGUCUUUCGGCAUGUUGCCAGAGUGGAUCGAGACUGUGCUUCAAUCAAAAAAACAAAACAAACAAACAAACAAACAUUUCUUCAGUUUCUCUAUGAUUUGGAAAACAUCAUACCUAUCAAACCUUUCAUAAUUUAUUGCCAAAAUCUGAAAUGCUAUUUCCCCCUGUACAUCAACCAAGCUUAAAUAUGGCUGUUCCCAGAAAGGUUAAUGUUUGCAUGGUCUUCAAAUGUAUGUGCAUGUUGAAAACCCCAUGGUUUAUCUUCGUACCUUUUGAUACAAUGUAUUCAUUUUUGUUUUGAUUUUUUAAAUGACAUUUGAUAUGAAAUUAGGGGAUUUGUUGAAAUAAAAAAAAAAUAAUAAUUGUUGAAACAUUUAUAAAUAAAGGAAACAGUAUUGAACUAUGUUGACCGCU